AGGAUUAUGUCACAGGCUCGAAAAAAUUGUUGAAGCCAAAGAAUCGACUAAUAAGAGGAUAAUUCUUUCAGUUAACAGAGUUGCUGUGUCGUGCUGUUCGUUGUUCUGAAACCGAGCUAAAGUGGGACAGAAGAUAUUCUCCAAAUAUCACAUUCAAGAAAAUGCAAUACCCUUGUGAUGUGUGCGGCGAGUUAUUUGCCGAUCGCUUGUUGUUGGAUCGGCAUAAAAAAAUUUGUACGAAGUCGAAAAACGAGGACGAAAGCUCUCCAUUCAAGUCACUCUUCAAGGGACUGGUCGCAGGAGCAGUUGUACUAGGCGGUAUUGUAUACACGGCAGUAAAAGUAGCCGAGGCAAUUGAAAAACGGAAUUCAGAGAGAGAUUCUGCUUCAACUUCGGGUAUUCAGAGCUACAGGGGUAUAGAACCUAAGGGCAGACUGGAACUUGAGGGCAAACGGGAAUACAGCCCGCCAAGACUGGGCGGAAUUGGUAUACAUCACCUAGACUUUCGCAGCCCGGUAACAGAAACAGAACUUAACACAUUUAUUGAUUGCCAUUUACAACCGACUAAAGAAUUUAACAAUGCGAUACAGUCAACCGUUGGCAAUAUAUGCUUCUUUUUACAGCAACAUAUGAAACCUGAUGAAAUUAUUAAGGGAGGAUCACAGGGAAAGAGGACAGCCGUCAAAGGAAUGUGUGACAUUGAUCUUGUGAUGGUUUUGAAUGAACUGGAAGAUGCAGAAGAUCUCGAAAAAGAACUACCAAGAAUUAGAAAAGAGAUUAGAAGCAAAUUGACACGAUAUGGAGGACCAACUCUAAAGGCAAAGGACUCCAAAUCUGGAUUAAAGUUCAAAGUCAACGGAGAUCACGGACCAAUUAAGGUCGACCUCUUGCCCACGUUUGGAUUUACAGAUCUGCAAACUCUUUACUGUGAAAUGAGAUUCGACAAGAGCCACAGUGAUUUUUAUAGAGCGGCAUUAUCUAAAUGGCAGGUGGACUUUGUUAAGAAGUAUCCAGCCAAUGUGAAAAAUUUAAUUCGUCUGGUCAAAUACUGGAAAAAGAAAAUGGUUGGGAAAUCCCGGAAUGGUCAACGAAUCCCAAAUUCCUACCUUAUGGAACUGAUUACAAUAUAUUACUGGGAAGAAAACACAAGAUAUAGUGAUGGCACAUUUAACACGUUGAAAGCGUUCCAUGGGAUCAUGGAAGCAUUGAAAGACUACCAAUUUCUAAAUAUUUUCUGGACAGAGAACUAUUCUGCAAAAGACAUACCUUCGCAAAUUCUACGUCAACGACCAUUGGUACUUGACCCAGCUAAUCCAACAAACAACGUGUGCAGCGGAUAUCACUGGGAGGAAAUCAGACAAGAAGCAAAAAACGUCCUUAAAAGCGCUAUGAUGGAAGGAGUUUCUUCGUUUAGUUGGAAAUAAACCCAUAAUUAUUCGCCAUUUUUAUCUUUUUCAUUCAUUCCUGACAGGGGCGUAACUAGUAGGAUAAUAAUGGUGUUAAUAUAUGCAGUUCAGCCCGACGGAUUUCGAUUGUAAGCUAUAUAUUGCACUUACAAAAGAAAUCCACUGAUUACUGGCUCUAGAAAGUAAUUAGUCAAACGGAAGACUAUCAAUAACAAAGACGGGCAUUGUCUACACAGUACAGUUCAUAAUUAGAUUUUUCCAUAAAUGAGAAUGACUGCUGAAGAAUAUGUAACAAACACAAGUUCCAUGAUUUAGUUGUCGGGUUAACGACAAGGAAACGAACCGAGGA